AAGAAGUAAACGGUGAACUUGAUUUGCUGAGGCUGAAAAGGAAGUGAUUGUUUCUUUUGUAUUUACACGUGUAAACAAUCAUAUUUUUGCCUAUAUUUGUCUGCUGCAUUAUUAAAACAGUGUAAAGAGAGAUAUCACGUUUAGUGUAAAUGCAAACGGAACCCUCUCACGUAAUUCAGGAGGGAAAUGUCGUCAAGAUUAUUCGUUAACCUGAUCUUUCAAGUGACGGGGAAGGUAACAUGGGGAACCUCAGGACGACCUCCACUUUUUACUGUGCCACCCGUUGGCUUGGCACAUGUUCAGACCGCCGGUAAGAAAGAUUACAUUGAUCUCCCUGUCCUAAAUGAAGACGAGCUGGACGAGCAGUUUGUAAGAGGGUCUGGACCUGGUGGUCAGGCGACCAACAAAACCAGCAACUGUGUGGUGCUCAGGCACAUCCCAACUGGCAUUGUCGUUAAGUGCCAUCAAACCAGAUCGGUGGAAACAAACCGCAAAAGAGCUCGGCAGAUAAUGAGGGAGAAGCUUGAGGUCACCUACAAGGGAGAAGAGAGCGACAUUCUGAAGAAUAAGAAGGAGUCUAUACAGAGGAAACAAGACAAGAGGAAAAGGGCAAACGAGAAUUUGGAGAAGAAGAGACUUUUCAAAGAGGCUCUGAUGACAGACUUCAAACCAGGGGAUGACAGGGGAUGAAAAGUAUGCAUGAACAUAACAUUUAGUCUGAUCAACAAAUAUGUCCUACCUCAUCAUGUUCUGUAUUGUAAAUAAAGAGCACCUAUUGAAAUAAAUUAUAUUGCCAUCAAUCUGUUUAAAAUGGAGGAAUGAUGUCAGUAUUUUUCUUUAAUUGUAAUGAAAUUAAGUUUUAUUACACUGUUAAUAAAUACAAAGACGCAAACAA